AAGUGGACGAUCCACAGUGCCAAACUCGUCUGCGAUGGUUUUUAGAGAGCGAAGAUACUCUAAGGCUGGACGGCCAUCACGUUUCAUGGUUUGGAGUCGUUCCUUGAGGGUUAUAACCCGAGUGCGAGAGCGAUUGGCAUAAAGUUUUGCUAAGGUUUCCCAAGCUUGUUGUGCAGUGGCUGCAGCAGCUAUGUAAGGAGUGAUGUUCUCCGAAACAGAGGACAAGGAUGAGUUCCAUCAAGGAAACCAUCAAGUUCGUAGCCUCCAAGAAGAGACACGAAUUGAGCCUUCCAAGAUAGAUAGUUGUUGGAAUUGGGAGUCUCGACACGGGUGGCCAUGGGAUCGGAGGUCUCGUGAGAGAAGUAAGGUGGGUAGGCUAUCGAUUGCCCAAGUGUUAACGGUCAAUCACAGAAGCAGAAGGCAGCAUUGAGAGAAGCCUGCAAGAACAAGAAGUAUUUGCCUCUUGACAUCCGUCCCAAGAAGACCAGAGCUAUUCGCCACUGCCUCACCAAGCAUCAAGUUUUGCUUCAUAUUUUUUAUUUGAUUAUUCUUUGGCAAGUAUUGUUUAUCUGGGUUGUGGAGGAAAUUUGACAUUGAUGCUUGUGAUUACUUUUCAUUUGUUUUCUUGUGUGCCUUUCUGCUAUGCUUUCUCAAUCGUCAAUUUAUUUUGUUGA